CGGAAAACGGCCAUUUUGCUGAGUUUUGCGAAUUUGAAAAAUAGCCAACGACUCAUUAUUUCAAGUUUCUGUGGAAUUUAAUAUGGAAGGCAAGCUGAAAUUUUUGAAGUAUGAAUACCCAGAAAAACCUAGAUGGAUGCAGAGUAGUGUUGGUCCUACAGUGGCUGAAAUGCUAACAGACAUUCGAAAGUAUUUAGAACAAUUUAGCUCAUUCAAAGAUGCUGCUAAGCAGAACCCUCCCCAGUACUUAGAUCUUCUUGGUAAGAUCAGUGUUGCUAGAAGGGAUUUGCUGCUGAAGUACUUACUAAACGUGCAGCAAGAGGAAGGUAUUGGUGUGCAAGAUAAAGAAACAACUCACCAGAUCAUGAAUGCCGUAGAUAUUGAGAUUAAAAUUGAAAACUCGCCACCUCUUCUAGAGGAUUUUCCAAGCUUAGAAUGUGAUAUAUCAAGUCUUGAUUCUAAUGUUAUGAGCAAAAGUGUAGAUGAAACGAAAAACUUGUAUAAGGCUUAUACAGUGCUAGUUUCUGAUACCAAUGAAACCCAGGAAGAAACAGAUAAACAAGAAUUUAAAGAUUGUAUCGGUUUGUUACAAAAGGAACUGUUAACAGAGUUACAUAAAGUGUUGAUGGAUGGGGUAAUGGACGAACACUCAACAUCACCUGGACAUUUCAGCACUAAAAGACGCGUAACUAAAUACCAUGGUGCUGAUCAUGAAUAUCCACACUUUCACACUGAAUCAAUUGCAGAACAAACUGUAGAGCACUUAAUUAAUGAAUACAAUGGCAUGCUUAUUGAAAUAAAAAAGGCAAAGAUUUAUGAUGAAAAGUGUCUCGAAAUGUUAUUUAAGUGUGCAACUAGUUUUCUGUUUACAUUCCUACAGCUUCAUCCUUUCGCAGAUGGCAAUGGUCGUCUCGCGAGACUUCUGGGAAGCUACAGCUUGUUGACAUUUUCACCAUUUAUGACACCAAUAUACAAUGUGUUUAGUAAAUCUUCUGAGAAUGACUACAUUGAUGCUCUCGUUGAAGCAAGGAGAAAUCUUGAAUCACAUCCUCCAAUCGACGAUAUGAAUUCUGGUGUUAAAGUAGUAAAUACUUUACUCCAGCAAGAACCAAGAGACCUGUUUGCAAUGCUUGUAGAGUCAAACUGGACUAUGUGGCGUCAGUUUCUUAUAAGACUUGGUGACAAAAGUGUAGUGUUGUUUCCAUGGGAAAAUCACCCAACUCACAUAUAAACAUUGAGGAGGUUGACAAGUUAUAGAUGCAAAUGAUUUGAUUUUUAACAUAUUAUUUUAAAAGUAGUGGAAAAAAACAUUGUAUUCGGUAGACUUAAAAUUCCAAAUUUCAGUGAAGAACUUCCAAUAUUGAUGGACAGGAAAUUCAUAUUUCCAGUUUCAAAUUCUUAAUGGAAGCCCUGAAACAGUGAAAAGAAGUUAAUAUGUUAGUAUAAUUGUAAAUUUGCACUGUGUUGUUUGAUCCGCACUCUUACAGAUUGACAAUUUUGACAAUUUAAAAAAAUGUCUGAGACAAUGCCUUCAAUUCAUGUAAGAAAACUCACGAUAGAACAUGUCUCGAAUGUUUGGAAAAUUGACGAUGAUUAUAUUUUUCUUAAAGCGUGAGUUAGCCAUGAAACUUUUUUUUUAACAAAAAUAUUAAAAACAGUGAUCUUAUCUUUUGUCUCUCAGCAGUCUUAUAUCACUUAUUUCCACAUAAAAACGCAAAAAAUGCUUAUUCCUAGACAAAAAAUUAAGUAUGUGAUAGUGCCUUUUUAAACAUUCUAUGCAUGACUGAAUAAAGACCCUAAAUGAUUGAAGACAAAGUUUAUUUAUCUAGAAAAUGUUUAAUAAGAGUGUUAUGUUUUACUUUCAUGUCAAAUGACAGUCUCAGUAUUGAUGUUCUCAAUAAGUCAAACUUUAAAUAAACAAGUGCAUUCCAAUAUUUAAUGUUUAUGCACCCGAAGGGAGAGCAUAAAGUUGCUGCUUUGUCCGUCCGUGUGUACGGAAGUCUUUCCGUACAUCACACUCUUGUCUGGAAAAUAACAUCAAAACAACUGAUGGAAGUGAAAUAAAACUUGAUGUAUAAAGUUAUCUUUCCUUAACCAUCUUUUCAUUAUUAGUGCUUGUCCAGGCCAUAACUUCAAAACUACUCAUGAGAUUGAAAUAAGACUUGGUAUAAAGAUAGAUGGCAGUGAGAGGAAGUGCAGUGCGCAAGCACCUUCAUCCUAUUAUACCUAAAUGUAUAUUAAGGUAUCACAUCCCUAAUGAAAACCUCCAAUUGAAACUCUUCAAGUUUGAUGCUUUCGCCUAGAUGUUACAUUGUUGUUCAGGAUAUGACCACACAUCUUUUAAGGGGUUCAAGGUAGGGGUUCAAACCCACACAGUAGCAUAUUUUUCAGUAGGUAACCUUUUUUUACUGGUUUAUAUUGAAUUUUAUUAAACAGUAAUUAAAUAAAUUUCUACACAUAAAUAUUAGCGUUUUCACACAAGUUAUUUUUUUUAUUGUGAAAGCUGCACUCUCACAGAUUGAACGUUUUGAAAACUUUUUUAUUUUUUUGUCUUUGAACGAGCCAAUUUUUGCGAAAAUUUAUGGACACCAGUAUAUAAGAAUGCUGACAAAAAAUUAGAUCGCAGAUUUUUCUAUUUAAGUUCAAAAAUUGAUGUUUUAUUUUCACAAAAUUAUUUUUAGCUCGACUAUUCGAAGAAUAGGUGGGCUAUACUACUCGCGUCGGCGUCGGCGCCCGGUUUAAGUUUUAGGGCAAGUUGGGAUUUUUACUUAUAAGUCCAAUACCCUACAUUCAAUUGACUUAAUACUUCACGCAGUUGUUCAGGGCCAUCACAUGAUGAGGUUAGAUAACUCCAUAUUAUUCUUUACACAUAUGUGACGCGUCAUGAGACUUUUGGCCCGAAACCGAUAGCCUCGAUAUCGAGAAAAACGUGCGCAAAGUUGAAGCGUAAAAAAUAAGAAAGUAACGCAGUUUUUAUCGUUAUAACAACCAUUAAACAAUUUGUCACCCUAGAUUGUUCAGUCAAAUAUAGUCUUUAAAAUGUAAUGUUCAUAGAAAUAGUGUUUUUUAACCACUUUCUUUCGUAUUGUUUAUUACUUUUGGUGUUAUCUCCCGUAGUUGUCAUGAGCUAUUUUUUAACCCAAAUUUGAGGAUGUAGGUCAAGCUGAACCAAAGGCAUUUUCCAUCAAAUUAGGAAUUUUUUGGUAAGUAGAAUUAUUUUCAUUGUUUAAGCAUAUAAUUUAACAAAUGUGUAUAUCUUUAAUGUAAUGCAAUAUGUUCUAAAUUCGGUCAAAUGGAUGGAAAUUGAUCGCAGGAAAAGAAAGCGGAAGUGAAAUUUGACAGUCUGACAUUGAAAAUGUAAACAGAUCAAAAUCUAGCAGAUAUUCACUUUUUGCAUACUUAUGAUGACUGAAAAAGGACAUAAUCAAUUUUUCAUCAUCUUACCGCGGCCAACUAUCAACACAAGUAUUGAUGGAUUUUACGAAUUAAUUUUGAAUUGCAUUUUAACUUUCUUUUUAGCUAUGUUGAUGAAUUUAAAGUUGUAAAUAAACUUUUUUUUGCAAUGUUGAUUCAUGUGCAUAACAAACCAUCUCAUGAGGUUCAGGUACAUUGAAAAAAAAAAUGUUAUGAUGAAGAUGAUCAUGAUGAUUAUGAAAAUAAAAGACUAAUGCAGAUGGGGGAAAUGUUUAUCUAGAAUUAGAGCACAAUACUCUAAAAGCCAGGACCAAUAUUAAUGACUGUAGCUGCAAGCUGCUUUUUGAGUAUGCAUGACAUUCAGACUAACAGGAAAUUUCUUUGGCAUGCAUUUUUGUGUACAUGUUGAUCUGCCGGGUCAUCACCCCAACUAUAAACAUUUAAUGAUUUGUAUUUCUGUUAAUACAUAUCUUUAGAACAUUAUGAUCAAAUGUGAAUUUCAGGUCAAGCACCUGCUGUACAUAGAACAACAAUCCAUUACAGCUUUGACUAUGCCAAGCAGGUCUUCUACCCAUACUAGGCACAGCAAGAGUGCCCUGCUCUGAAGUGUUCUGUAAAUCAUAUGGUUCACAGAAAUCUCAGUGAUGGAGGGUUUAGCUGUUAUGUGGCCAAUGGUGUGGUACCUCAUUUUCAACAACAUCCAUAUAGAGAAGACUCUGCAUACCUGCACAUUGACAACUAUGUUGGGUGGAAUAAAAACAAUGCAGUCAUUGGGGUCUGAUGUAUUCUGAAGGGAGAGAACCAGCAUUUACUUAAAUGAAUGCAGGUGACAUAAAGUUCAGUGCUGUGUGAGAUUUGGUCUGUGGAAGACCAAAUGGAGGCAGCACACAUCCUUUGUGGAUUGAUGACCUUGGCAAACUGGUUAUAUUCUUUGACUGGUUGGAGUACACCAAGUGACCCCUGAAGUCCAUUCCAAACUUAAGGAAAUAUCAUCACUUCAGAACUUCAGCUGACCACCCAGUGAGUGAAUUCAUGAGAGAGCAUGCCAAGGACAGUGAGAUUGAAGUUAAAAUUGACAAGCCCACAACAAUGGCUUUUCCAUUGAGAGUACCCUGAACACAUCCAACUAAAAGGACUUAAUGGAAAAAGGCUCUGAUCCCUUAAAUAAGUGAAAAAGCUAAUAUACUGAUAUGUGAUCUUUAUAAACUAAAUAUAAGAUUUGAGAAUGAGCCUGUUACUGAGCUGAUGAAAGCGUGUAUCAAUUCUUUAUUGACAAUUAUUUAUUCAAUAGAAACAUGUUCAUGUGAUAUGAAGCUACCAGUGAUUUUGAGUGAAAAAACUGUGGUUUUAGCAAAUGAUUGAUAGAAGGGUGCUACACCCUGUCUUUUGACGGUAGAGCCCCUCUGCCAUAAUGGAGACCAAUAUAUGAUUAUUAUUAAUACAAACUUAAAACAAUCUGGCAGUUGAAGCCUAUAAAUGCUUGAAUUGAAGACAUUUAUAGUAUUGUUUGUCAAUAUUAGUUACUUCACAGCCUGAUAAAAUGUACCUUAGCAACCUUUCAGAUUUUCUUCAAUAUCUUUAUUUUUAAAACCUUCAUGAACCCUAUAAACAUUUUCAGCUUUAACUUUUACCUAUGAAUAAGCAUCGAAAAUAUAAUUUGUCAUGUACUAUGUGACCAAUUGCAUACCUCUUGAAACUACAUAAUGACGUGUACAUGCUAAGUAGUUAGCAUGGUAAAUAAAUUGUUUUCAUUUUUGUAAAAUGUAAAUGUGCCCAUUUAUUAACUGAUCUAAUUUUACAAUAGUGUAAAUUGUGUAGGAUUGUUAUGUUUAUUUAAUUAAGAGUACAUAUACUACCAUUUCAUGUUUUAUGAGCAAUGAAUGACUAUACAAAAAAUCACAUUUGAGGUAAAUUGGUAAAGUUGGUGUGAUUAUAAUCAUGUUUGUGGCCUGUUGCCAUGGUAACCAGAAUAAAAAACGAACCCUUAAGUACCAUUCAAAUAAGAUAAAUUAUAGUAAAUUACAGGGGUAACAUACUUUAACUUCUAGAUAUACAUUGGUUUGUAUUAGGUGCAAGUUCCAACCUAAUGUCAAUUUAUUGUGAAAAAUUGCCAAUAAACCAUGGUACUUGGCGAACAGUUUUUGUUUAUUCGGAUUUUUUUUUGAAUGCCAAAUACAAACACCAUGUACAGUAAGGUUUGAGUAUAUCAAUUAACAAAUCAAUUAUUAUUGAAUGCUUCAUAUGGCAUUUAUUGUAUAUUUAAAUGCAAAUUUAACCCCAAAACGCCUUUUUCAAUAAUGGUUGCCAUGGUAACCAAUUAAUUUUCAUUUAUUUUCUCAAUAAUAAUUGAGAUUGGUUUUGAAAAUUUAUUGUUGUCGUUAUAAUGUGGCAAUUGUGUAUAUUGUAGUGAUGAAUAUUCAUAGCAUCUGUGAAUACAAAUGUUUCAAUAAAUUCUUGAACUAUACCGAAUUUCCAGCUGUUUCUUAACCAAGUGCCCUUCUAGUUUUUGUCAUAGUUUCGUUAAAAAUAGGAAUUUUUGAAUUUUCUUUUCAGUAUUUUUAUCCUAAAGAAUAGUACAGUCAGAAAUUACUCAUAUCUCAUUUUCGCCCAAAAAGUGGUUUCGGGCCAAAAAUCCCGUGACUGGUCACAUAUUAUGGCCCCUACUUGACUAUGGAACUUAGGUUAAAGUUUUAGGGCAAGUUGGAAUAUUUAUUAAUAACUUCUAUAUCCUUUGUUCAAUUGACUUAAUUCUUCACACAGUUGUUCAGGACCAUCACACAAGGAGGUUACAUAACUCUAUAAUAUCCUAAAUACAAGUUAUGGCCCCUGAUUGACUUAGGUUAAAGUUUUAGGGCAGGUUAAAGUUUUAGGGCAAGUUGGGAUUUUCACUUAAAACUCCAAUACCAUUCAUUCAAUUGACUUAAUACUUCACACAUAUGUUCAGAGCCAUCACAUAAUGAGGUUAGAUAACUCCAUAUUAUCUUUUAUACAAAUUAUGGUCCCUGAUUGACUAUGGAACUUAGGUUAAAGUUUUAGGGCAGGUUGGGAUAUUGUUUAAUAACUUCUACACCCUUCAUUCAAUUGACUUAAUACUUCACACAAUUGUCCAGGACCAUCACCCUAUGAGGUUACAUAACUCCAUAUCCUUAAUACAAGUUAUGGCCCCCGAUUGACUUAGGUUAAAGUUUUAGGCAAGUAAAAAUUAAGGGCAGGUUGGGAGUUUAAUAAAAAAAACUUCCAUACCGUUCAUUAAAUGCACUUAAUAAAAUUCAAAAUUAUUUACGACCAUCUUACAACAAGAAACAUGGCCCUUGAAUUUUGUUUUCCUUUGAAAGGCAUAUUUGUAUAUUCUUCACCACAUUUUCAUACUGGGAAAUCAAGUUAUUUGAAUGACUUGCGUCAUUGUUUAGGCGGCCUGGUGGGAGGGCAGCAUCAAAGUCACCUUAUGUAUCGAAUAUUUUUAGAUAGGUUUGACAUAAAGAGACCAAACUUGAUAUUAUUAUAUCGUUAUUGUAUUCUAAGUCAAAGCGGCGUAGUCGAGCGCGCUGUCUUACGACGGCUCUUGUUUAUUUUUAUUGUGUUAAUGAUUAUCAUCAUUAUUUCAUUAUAUUCAUAUUCAAUCUCAUCAUUUCAUCAUUUUAUAUUGCUUCAUGUUUUUCUCAUGUUUUUAGGAUUUCAUGUUGUUUCAUAUAUUUAGAUUUAUGUUUAACAGUACUUCAUGUCCAAUCUAGUUAGAUAAAUACUGUCUGGUAUUGACCAAUAUUUCGACACUCUUUAUCUCAAAGCAAAUUGAUUUUACAACUGAAAGGUCUGACUGACCAUCUGGCCUUGAUAAAAUUAGGUAUGUCCAAAUAUUUCAUUACUGGUCCAGACAAUUAUUGUAUAAAACUUAGACACAUUUAGUGACAAGUUACUACUUUCUUAUGCAACAACAUCUGGCUUUUCGAGUAUAUACACUUGAUUUAAAUACAAGCCAUCAGACUUGAAAUAUCAACUGAUUGGCUCUCUUUGAACCAGGUAAUAACUUUCUUAUAUUAUUAUUUAGUAACUUUGUCAUGUUUUCUUACAUGUUGAAAUAUAUAUAUAAGUUUUGUUCUUCUAUUUAAGUACAAGUUUUAUUCUAACAUUUAAAGGUAAAUUAUAUCUUGAUUAUUGACUGUUAAUAUAAGUAUAACAACUAAUGUUUAUUUAUUAUUACAAUUAGUCUUAGUUAUGUACUGUUGUUUCAUUAUCAUUUAAAUACAUUUAAAUGACUUCGAUACAUCAAUUUGGACCAAACAAUGAAACAUAUUUCUGUUAAGUGAAGGUUUCUUCUUCCGCAUCAACGUUAUACUGGUUGACUGUACAUUUUCGAUCAGGACACAAAUCCCGAGCACCUGCUAAAACACGCGUUUGUUUAUCGUGAUCGAUUAGUCGAUGACCUAGAUCAAUACAGAGGCUUGCCUUGGUCACACUUACGAAGUUUCAUCUUGUUGUGUUAAGUAUUUUUUUUCUCUAAAAAUGCCAUUCAUUGUUAAUACGCUUAAAGAUUAAAAUGUAGCACACGGGGGGAAUGACGUCAGGUGGCGCAUGUAGUAAGGUACAAUUCUGGUCACUUGUAUGAUGACUUGAAUAAAAUAUUACUCAAUUGAGUCAUUGUUCAUCAUUCUGAUUUCCAUCCAAAAAGAAUCACUAAUAACGCAAUAUUAUAGCCACCAGUAUCAGAUACACAUGUUUUAUUGCAUAAUAAUUGAUUCAAGUAAUGAUCCUUUAGUGCAUGAGACGAUGAAAAUGACUUCCAUUGUGAUCAAAACACAUUUAUUGUCAAAAAUAUGAUUGAAUUUCCAAAAUUUGAGCUACAGCAUUUAUACCAUUCGGAACUCCUCGGCCAUUUUUAUCGAAAACAACCUCGGAUUUAUACCGGUACAUCUGUUGAAGUAGUUCGUAUUUUUUAAUUAAAUCAUUAAUUGAAUGGGUUGAAUAGUGUUUUAGAGUUGUAUUUAUUGAUCUAAGUUUAAAUUGAUUGCCAGUAAUGUAUAUUAUUGUAAACAUAAUUAAGAUUCCCAAGAGUUAAGUCAUAAAGUUAAACUGCUAAAUAAAAUUACUACGCGAUCUACUUCCAGAGGACUUAAACGUUUUGCUUUUUGAGUAUGUAAACCGUCCAAAUACAUCCGAGGUUGUUUUCAAUAAAAUGGCCGAGGAGCUCCGAAUGUGUUUAUACGAAAGCGGCCAUUUUGAUUGAAUUUAUUGAAACCAAUGCUGAACCGAUAUACGGGAUUAAUCACCAAGCAUCGGUUACUUCCCUUUACAAACACUUAAACUAGUUAAGAAAAAAUAUAUUUGGUUAUGUUUUCGGCCUUAAAAAGGUAUAACCUCAAAAAAUCUGGUUGGCGAUUAAAAUAUAGGAGCGGGUGCACAAAAAAAAUAAAAAUUUCUUUUACAUUUUCAGAAAAAUAGAAACGGUAAAUCCGCGGAACCAAACAUCAAUUUGGUGUGGCCUUAUGUCCAAUCUUAGUUACAUAAAUCCUGUCUAUUAUUAAUCAAUAUUAUCAAUACUCUUAAUCUCAUAGCAAAUAAAAUUAACUACUAAAAUGUCUGACUGACCAUUUGGCCUUAAUAAAAUUACUUAUGUACAAAUAUGCAUUACUGGUCCAGACAAUUAUUGUAUACGAAUAUAUAACAUUCUGUGAUGGCCAACGACUUCCUUAUGAAACAACCUCUGGCUUCUCUGGUAUAUAAACCUUGGUUUAGAAACAGGCAAAUCAGACUUAAAAUAUCAAAUGAUUUGGUCAUAUUUUGAUUUUUGACUGUUGAUAUAAAUAUAACAAAUUAUUUAUUAUUACAGUCUUUGUUAUGUACUAUUGUUGCAUUAUCAUUUAAAUACAUUUCUCGCAUGUUACUCUGGCUAAUGAACACAUUUAUGUCUGAACAAAUUCCCCUUUUGAAAGGUACCUGUCAACUAUGCUAAGCGAGUUUUAUUAGCUCAAGUACAAAUAAGUGUUUGUUUACCAGAACCUGCUAAUGCAUUCAUUAUUGUUAUACCCCCGACAAACGAAGUCUGAAGGGGGUAUAUUGGAGUCACCCUGUGGUCGGUCGGUCGGUCGGCCGGUCAGUCGGUCCGUCGGUCGGUCCGUUGCAAUUUACCUUGUCCGGAGCAUAACUUAAACACUAUUGGAUGAAAUUGGAUUAAACUUCAUACAAUGAUAGAGCAUAAUGAGAGGAAGUGCAGUGUAUAAUAACUAUAACUAUAUUCUUGCUUAUUACUGAGUUAUUGCCCGUAGUUGCUUUUUUGUCCGGAGUAUUACUUCAAAAGUACUGGAUGGAAUUCAUUGAAACUUUAUACAAUAAUAAAGCAUAAUAAGAGGAAGUGCAGUGUUUAAGAACCAUAACUCUACUUUAGCUUAUUACUGAGUUAUUGCCCUUUAUUUGUUUUUUUUGCUGUCAUUUUUUCCAGACAUUAACUUGCAAACUACUAGAUGAAAUUUAUUAAAACUUCAUACAAUGGUAAAGCACAAUGAGAGGAAGUGCAGUUCAAAGAACCAUAACUCUAGUUUAGCUUGUUACAGAGUAACCGCCCUUUGUUACAUUUUUCUUGUCCGGAGCAUAACUUGCAAACUACUAGAUGGAAUUUAUGAAAACUGCACACAAUGGAAAAGCACAAGGAGAGGAAGUGCAGUGCACAAGAACCAUAACUCUAUUUCAGUUUAUUACAGAGAUACUGCCCUUUGUUACUUUGUUCUCUUCGGAGCAUAACUUGAAAACUAUUGGAUGGAAUUGAAUAAAACUUCAUACAGUGAUAGAUCAUAAUGAGAGGGAGUGCAGUGUACAGAAACCGCAAUUCUAUUUCAGCCAUUUACAGAGUUAGUGCCCUUUGUUACUUUUACUUGUCCGGAGCAUAACUUGAAAACUAUUGGAUGGAAUUUAAUAAAACUGCGUACAGUGCUAGAUCAUAAUCAGAGGGAGUGCAGUGUACAGGAACAGCAAUUAUAUUUCAGCUUAUUGCAGAGUUACUGCCCUUUGUUACUUUUUUCUUGUCCGGAGCAUCACUUGAAAAGUAUUGGAUGGAAUUUAAUGAAACUUUAUACAGUGAUAGAUCAUAAUGAGAGGGAGUGGAGUAUACAGGAACCGCAAUUUUAUUUCAGCCAAUUACAGAGUUAUUGCCCUUUGUUCCUUUUUUUGUCCGGAGCAUAACUCGAAAACUACCGGAUGGAAUGUAAUAAAACUUUAUACAAUGGUACAGCCCAAUGAGAAGGAGUUCAGUGUACAUUAAUAACACUAUUUUAGCAAUUUACAGAGUUAUUGCCUUUUUCUGUUGUUGUUUGUUUGUUUGUUUGUUUUUUGUUUGUUUUUUUGUUUUUUUGUCAAACUUUUGUCCGGACAGUAACUUGAAAACUACUAGAUGGAAUAGCAUAAAACUUCAUACAAUGAUAAAUCAUAAUGAAAGACGGAGUUCGGAGGUAUUAAUCACAUUCAGUGAUAGCUCUAGUUUUCGUAUAUAUUCACUAGUAAUGUAAAAUAAAUAGACUUGAAAUAUCAAAUGAUAUGUUGUCUCCGUGAACCAGGUACCCUCCAAACAAAAGCACAAGUGGUCUUGAACUAAACACUGCAAAGAUCAGCCAGGAAUCAAAUUACCAAGACAUAUAUAUACAUCAAAUAUACUGUCGAACAAACCGACCGAAUAUUGUUAAACAAUGCGGCUGAAAGCUUCUUUGAAUAUUUAAUUCCUUUCAAGCAUGGCUAAAACAGGUGGUUGGGAGAUUCAAACUAAUUUGUCAUGAUUUUUUCUAGAACUUGUUGAUUUGGCUUAAAAACUGUCCUAAUUUUACCACGGUCAAAACAGUAUGUUAAAAUUGUAAUACCAUAUUUCAGUACACUUUGCUUAUAUUUGUUGAUGAGGUGAUCAAUUAUUGUAUUAUUUCUGAAAGCAAAUAUGUUUCAUUUUAUUUUGAUACCAAAUUGUUACCAAAGUGUUGAAAAAUAUAUGAAAUAAAGGAAUUUUCUUUU